AUGUAUUUCGAAUGAGUAAUGUCGCAGCUAAGUUUUUGAGUUUUGUGUUCUUUUUAUAUUAAUUUACCAACAAUCUAAAAUGAAAUCAGCGCGAGUGAUAAGAAGAGUGUAUAGUGCACCAAUUAUAAAUAUUAAUAUGUGUUGUCGGCCUACUGUAGUUCAGUCACAAGUGCGACAAAGCACAACUUUGGAAUUUUGUAAAUCAAAGGUUUUAUAUAAAUCAGCUGGAAAUGUACGCCACUUGGGACUAGGACCAACUUCGAAAGAUUUUGAUGAACCUACACAAUUAUCAGGACCUCUCACAAAAGCCCAUGCUACUGAACUUGUGCUGCGUCUGAACAACGAUGAACGAAAAAUGUUACUUAGUGCUCUGCAAGAAUACGAAUCUAAUAGAAUAAAGGAAGAAUUCGAAGACAAGUUAGCAGGACAGCGCUGGAGAAGUAAAUUAGGCAGACCCAGCAAAGUGCCAACACUGGGUGACGUCGACCCGACAGGAACUUACUGCCCUGUACCAGAGGAUUGGAUCAAAAAGAAGUAUGCUGCCACAGUCCCGAAACCAACGACAAAGGAGUUGUUCCAUUUGUCACUGGCGAAUUCUGUACCCUUCAUAGGAUUUGGAUUUCUGGACAACUUCAUAAUGAUUAUUGCUGGCGACAGCAUCGAGAGCUCGAUGAGCGCGUACAUAACGCUGUCGACGAUGGCGGCGGCGGCGCUGGGCAACACGUUCAGCGACGUGAUCGGCAUCGGCUCCUCGUACUACGUGGAGCGCGGCGCCGCGCUGCUGGGGCUCGGCGCGCCCAAGCUGGCGCCCGUGCAGCUCGACAUGCCCGUCAGCCGGCGCUUCGCUAACAUGGGGCGAGUGCUGGGCAUCACGCUGGGCUGCUUCCUCGGCAUGACGCCGCUGCUGUUCAAGGACGACGAGAAGAAGGAGGAGGCGGCGCCCGGCGACCCCGCCGCCAAGGCCAAGCCCGCGUAGACCGACCGAACCUUGCCAUACGAUAACGAACUCUGUAAUUAGUGACGACACUUCGAAUUUCAAUACGUGUACAUGAACUUUUGUACGUAGUUUUAGGUAUCAACUAUGCUGUGGUACUUAGCGACUCUUAUAGGAAUCUAAUUAUUAUUAAAUCAAUUUUAGAUAAGUGAAAUGCACCCUAAGACUUAUAUUUAUAAACUGUAUACGAUACAGUUGUUUUUACAAACUUGUAGACUGUGGCUUUAGGCAACUAUGCAAUGAAAACAUUUUGAUAUUUAAAGAUAUUAUCAAUCAGAGAAUAUGAGAUAAUUAAUACGAUAAGAGAAUCUCUUUCUAUUUUUACUCUGAUCAAAGUAGAAAUAUACAUGUUCAAAUUCACUUUUAUUUGCAUGUUGAAUGCACUAUAAUAAUGUUAUACUUACUUAAAUGUCUAUAGAUACCAGUAUUGUUAUUGCAAAAUCCGUUACUGCACUAUAGUUUCACAGUGCCAAUCUCAGUAGAAUAAUAGAUAAAUUUCUCAAUAUUAUCACAGAAAAAAUAUCGUAAUAAUGUAGUAUUGACGCACAAACGGUAACAUCUAGUCAUUGCAGUGAUGUGUAGCCUCGCGUGUAUUUGGUUUGUAAAAAAUGUUGCUCCAAUAUUGUGUUAUGAAGAUUUUGUAUUUUUUUUUAUUAUCAUCAAAUUAUGAAUAAGCAGAGUUUAAGUAGGAAAAAGACAGUGUAACAAUAGUUUUUAUCUACAAGCUGGAAAAGGCGUUAUUCCCUUUAUAAAUUGUAUUAAUUAUGUAUAUAAGCUAUGAGAAAAUAAAUGGCGGAUGUCUAUAUUAUCUAAGAGUGAAUAAGAAUUCACUCUUAGAUAAUAUUUACGGCCUCUUACGCGGAAUAAGAUCCCUGCUAUUUAAGGAGUUGCGUCUGUAUAAAAUUACAUAUUUUAAAGUCCGAUUAAAUCAGAUAAGUACAAAUACUAAGAUAAGUUCAAUUCUUUUAACUAAUCAAGAAAUCUACGGCCUUUGACAUGGCAUAUAUAUUUGUUUUUAUAAAUAAUAUUCUAUGCUACCGUUUAAAGAUACACUUUUUAGGAACGUUAUUUGUACUUUAUGAUCUCUAUUUCAAUGUUACUUGAACAAUGAACAUAUUUGAUUUAUCGCAGAACGUUUGUGGUAACUAAAUGUAAUAAGAAAUCAGUUCUUCCUUCACAGUUGAGACGUGUCUUAAUUCAAAUGUCUAUUUAUAAUUGUUGCGUGAAUUGUUUUAUUAUUGACUUAGUGAUUAUAAUAUAAUAAAUGUUA